UUCGAGCAGCCAGAAAAGCCAGAACAGCACCGGCGCGUGUUGGCCACAGUUGAUGAGCUCUCGCAGACGUCAAAGUCAAAAGUUUAUCCGUUUCGCGGCGGGAUGUGAAAAGUGCGAUCGCAUUCCUCAAAACCGUUUACAUUUUCAAAUUUCCCUUAGAUUGGGAUGAGCCAGAAGGAUAUUCAAAAGUUAACCUAAAUACCUCAUCGUGGAAACAAAAGUGUGUGCUGAAGAUUUUAUAAAUAAUAUUUUAGAUUUGAUGAAAAGUUUGUUUCUGUAGUGCAAACAAAAGUAAGUGAUUUUAACAACAAUCCGGCGCCAAGUGGUGUGACGACAAGUGUCUCGUUAGAAAGCCCCGGCUAUCGCUCGCAUCUAAUUGCCGAGCAAUCUCCUCAUCAGAGCGGAGUUCUGUGGCCCAGAUGCCAUAAAGAUUAGUCUGCUUAUCGGGCCCUACGACACUGACUGGGGACUAAGGCACAGCCACUCCGUACUUCUAAUAGUGCGAAAUGAGAGACAAGCUGGAACAGGCCAACAGCCGCAAGGCUUCCCAGGCCUCGGGAAAGUUUUCCCAGAUGGAUGUCGACGAGUCGGAGUUUAACGAUCCCUUCCAGGCGUUGAUGGAAAAGGCGGGCAACCAUGGCCGCUAUCAGACCUUAUACAAUUUUGUGUUUGUCGGAGGCUUGGCCUUCAGCGGAGCCAUGAUCUACAUGAACAUUAUCCUGGCUCUCAAUAUACCCGACCACUGGUGCACAGUGCCCGGCAGGGAAAACACAAACUUUUCGCUAGAGGAGUGGCGGGACAUCACCUUGCCCAAACAGGCCGACAAUCGGGGUAGGGAAACAUUUAGCAACUGUGAGGCGUUCCGCAUGAAUUUCUCCGAGAUCACGGAUUGGUCAGGCUGGAACAAUAGCCAGAGGACGAAUCACACAGAAACCUGCCAGAACGGCUGGAGCUACGACAAGACCUGGUACGAGAGCACCAUCCCCACGGACCACAACUGGGUGUGCGCCAAGGAUUUGUUCGUGACAAAUGUGUUCGUGGUGGGUCGUGUGACGGAGGUGGCCGGUUCAUUUAUAUUGGGACAAAUGGGCGACUCCUAUGGACGCAGGUUCGUGUACUACAUCAGUGUGGUCUUCUGCUCCCUGGGACGCAUCGGGUCCAUCAUGUGCACCAGCUCGUACACGUGGUUCCUCAUCAUGUCCGGCAUCGUGGGCCUCACGGUCAACAGCCUCUUCCAGUCGCCCCAAAUUAUCGGCAUGGAAAUCUCGCGGGAGGAGGACCGAAGUCGGAUCGCCUUCUUUCAAAGCUGUGGCUGGUCCAUUGGCACUACCCUGAUGCCCCUGCUUUACUGGUGGCUGCGCCACUGGGACUCCUUCAUGUGGCUCACCUCGGUGCCCACGGCAAUGGUUCUGCUUUUCUCCAAAUACGUAAUCGAAUCUCCGCGCUGGCUUAUUAGCAAGCGCCGUUUCCGCGAGGCCAUUGUCCAGCUGCAGAAGAUAGCCAAAAUUAAUGGGCAUCGCUUCGACAUGACCGAGAAGGAGUUGGCCGAGAUCUACAGUCAAGAGAAGCAGGAUGUCACCUAUGGCAUCGCAUCCCUCUUUGCCGGCUGGCGGCUGGCCCGCAACACCAUUAUCAUGGGCUUCAGUUGGUGCGUGGUGGCCGUCUCCUAUUUCACGCUGGUGCUCUUCAGCUCCCGCAUGGCGGGCAAUCCGUUUCUGAACUUUUUGUUUCAGAGCAUUGUGGAAAUUCCCGCCUACAUCGUGGGCCGCUACAUGGGCGAUACAUAUGGAAGGCGCUUCACCAACUCAAUAUCGUUCCUCGUCUCGUUCGUCACCUGUCUGCCCAUCAUUGUGUACGCAACGGAUGAACGGUACGAGAGCCUGAUGAUCUACCUGGCCACGUUCAUCAAGUUCCUCAACGCCCUCACCUUCUUCACGGUGAACCUGCAGUGCCUGGAGAUCUAUCCCACCUGCAUGCGGCAGACGGGCGUGGCCCUGGGCACCAUUCUAGCCAAUGCCAUUGGUGUCCUGGCCCCCUACCUGGUCUACCUGGGCACCACCGUUGACAUCAGGGCGCCGUACUACAUCCUGGGCGUUCUAUUCCUGCUGGGCGGCAUAGGGGCGCUCUUCCUGCCGGAGACGCUGCACAAGAAGCUGCCGGACACCAUGGAGGAGGCGGGUCACUUUGGCAAACACGAUAAAUUCUUCAGUCUGCCGAAGCCGCCACCGGCGAUGGAAAAGGACGACAGCCUGUCAUCCCAUCCGGAGUUAACCAGUCUCAGACGCUCGGAGACGGCGCCGUGAAGCCUCAAAGGAUCCCCGAAUCCCGGUAUCCUCGAAGACCUGCAAAGGAACGAAGUCCUCGCCUCGGCAAUCGAUUCCCAUUGCCAUUCCCGUUCGCCGCUCACGUUCCCCUUGUGAUGUUACGUUAAGUUUGGCCCAAAGUAUUGCGAAUAAAGUAUUGUUAUGUAGGCAGCCGUAAUAAGACCCGCAUAAAUCACAAAUCA